UCGGAGGGGACCGGAAGUCGGGACGUGGCCGCCCCGCCCCAGCCGAGCCGAGCCGGAGGCUGAGGGAGGAUGGCGGCGGUGGUGGCGGCGCUAAGCUCGGAGCGGCUCGAGGUCUCCAUAGACGGGCUGACCCUGAGCCCCGACUCCGAGGAGCGGCCUGGGGACGCCCGGCCGGGGCAGCCGGAUCCCCGGGCGGGGAACGCGGCGGGGUGGAGCCGGCCGGGCCCCGGGCUCCCGGAGGAGGCCGGAGGGGACGCGGAAGAGGCAGCGGCGCUGAGUCCGGAGCAGCGCUGGGGGUUCGGCCUGGAGGAGCUGUACGGCCUGGCCCUGCGCUUCUUCAAAGAGAAAGAUGGCAAAGCCUUUCAUCCAACAUACGAAGAAAAACUUAAACUUGUGGCACUACACAAGCAGGUUCUGUUGGGACCCUACAAUCCGGACACUUGCCCUGAAGUUGGAUUCUUUGAUGUGCUGGGAAAUGAUAGGAGGAAAGAAUGGGCAGCCCUUGGAAACAUGUCAAAACAGGAAGCCAUGGCAGAAUUUGUACAGCUCCUUAAUAGGUGUUGUCAUCUCUUUUCAACAUAUGUCACCUCCCAUAAAAUAGAGAAAGAAGAACAAGAAAAGAAAAGGAGGGAAGAGGAGGAACAAAGGCGUCGUGAAGAGGAAGAGCGAGAGCGUUUACAAAAGGAAGAAGAGAGACGUAGACGAGAGGAGGAAGAGAGACUGAGACGGGAAGAAGAAGAGAGGCGGCGAAUAGAGGAGGAAAGGCUCCGGAUGGAACAGCAGAAGCAACAAAUAAUGGCAGCACUGAACUCCCAGACUGCUGUUCAGUUCCAGCAAUAUGCAGCCCAGCAGUAUCCAGGCAACUAUGAACAGCAGCAGAUCCUAAUUCGCCAGCUUCAAGAACAGCACUAUCAACAGUACAUGCAGCAGUUGUAUCAAGUCCAGCUUGCACAGCAACAGGCAGCCUUACAAAACCAGCAGGAUGCGGCAGCAGCAGCAGGGGCUUCUAUGACUACUAUGCCAAAGGUGAAUGCAGCUGCCCCAGGAGAAAGUCCAUCUAUUAACGGACAGGCCAAUGCUCCUACAGACAGCCCUGAAAAAGAGCUGGAGGCAGAUGCUCUGGAAGAAGCACUAGAGAAUGGACCAAAAGAAUCUGUUCCAGUGAUAGCAGCUCCAUCCAUGUGGACACGACCCCAGAUAAAAGACUUCAAAGAGAAGAUCCGACAGGAUGCAGAUUCUGUGAUCACAGUAGGCCGAGGAGAAGUGGUUACAGUCAGAGUACCGACUCACGAAGAGGGGUCGUAUCUCUUCUGGGAGUUUGCUACAGACAAUUAUGACAUUGGUUUUGGGGUAUAUUUUGAAUGGACAGACUCCCCUAACACUGCAGUCAGUGUGCAUGUCAGCGAAUCCAGUGAUGAUGAGGAUGAAGAGGAAGAAAACAGUGAAGAGAAAGCCAAAAAGAAUGCCAGCAAGCCUCAGCUAGAUGAAAUAGUGCCUGUAUACAGACGAGACUGUCACGAAGAAGUGUACGCUGGCAGCCACCAGUACCCAGGGAGAGGAGUUUAUCUCCUUAAAUUUGACAACUCCUACUCAUUAUGGAGAUCAAAAACAGUUUACUACAGAGUUUAUUAUACUAGAUAAAGAUGUUGCAGUGUCGGAGGCUGGGGCUGUGCAGAAGACAUCAUUUUAUUCGGAAUUUUCUUCAAACAUAAUGGAUCUUUUGAGUCUGUAUUUUACCCUGUCUGGUGUAUCUAUACGGUUUGUGUGUGAACUUUAACAUUAGAAGCUGGGAUUUUUCUGCUGCACAAUUGUAAUGAAGAUCACAUUGGGCUUAGCACAGGAUCUCCCAGCCCUUAAUGGCAUCAAGAGGUUAGCCAAUGAAAUCACUGGCUGCCAGUGCUUAGACUAAAGUCACACUAACUGCAUAUACAAAACCUCCAAACUGUUACUUACACACACAAACACGUAGUGUCUGAACAGUUGUUGGUAUGGUGUUGCCUGGUCUGUGUGCUUUGGGAAUUUAUGGUAAUUUGUUAUUAGAGGGGGUCUCAUCCUUAUUGGGCAGAAUCAGAUACGAUUUGCAAUGUAGCAAGUCUCUCCCUUAAACUGUAUUCAAAUGUCAGAUUUUUACACCAUUAAAACUUGAAACAAGU